GCGGCCGCAAAGACCUCGGGACUCACGCGCAAUGUGGCAAUGGAAGGCGCAGGGUCUGAGUCCCCGGCAGCGGCCACGGCCGCAGCACCCGCAGCGCCCGCCGUGUGAGCGGCAGCAGCGGGUCUGUCACCCGGAGCCGGAGUCCCCGGCGGCCAGCAGCGUCCUCGCGAGCCGAGCGCCCAGGCGCGCCCGGAGCCCGCGGCGGCGGCGGCAACAUGGCCUCGGCUGGUAACGCCGCCGGGGCCCUGGGCAGGCAGGCCGGCGGCGGGAGGCGCAGACGGACCGGGGGACCGCACCGCGCCGCGCCGGACCGGGACUAUCUGCACCGGCCCAGCUACUGCGACGCCGCCUUCGCUCUGGAGCAGAUUUCCAAGGGGAAGGCUACUGGCCGGAAAGCGCCGCUGUGGCUGAGAGCGAAGUUUCAGAGACUCUUAUUUAAACUGGGUUGUUACAUUCAAAAGAACUGCGGCAAGUUUUUGGUUGUGGGUCUCCUCAUAUUUGGGGCCUUCGCUGUGGGAUUAAAGGCAGCUAAUCUCGAGACCAACGUGGAGGAGCUGUGGGUGGAAGUUGGUGGACGAGUGAGUCGAGAAUUAAAUUAUACCCGUCAGAAGAUAGGAGAAGAGGCUAUGUUUAAUCCUCAACUCAUGAUACAGACUCCAAAAGAAGAAGGCGCUAAUGUUCUGACCACAGAGGCUCUCCUGCAACACCUGGACUCAGCACUCCAGGCCAGUCGUGUGCACGUCUACAUGUAUAACAGGCAAUGGAAGUUGGAACAUUUGUGCUACAAAUCAGGGGAACUUAUCACGGAGACAGGUUACAUGGAUCAGAUAAUAGAAUACCUUUACCCUUGCUUAAUCAUUACACCUUUGGACUGCUUCUGGGAAGGGGCAAAGCUACAGUCCGGGACAGCAUACCUCCUAGGUAAGCCUCCUUUACGGUGGACAAACUUUGACCCCUUGGAAUUCCUAGAAGAGUUAAAGAAAAUAAACUACCAAGUGGACAGCUGGGAGGAAAUGCUGAAUAAAGCCGAAGUUGGCCAUGGGUACAUGGACCGGCCUUGCCUCAACCCAGCCGACCCAGAUUGCCCUGCCACAGCCCCUAACAAAAAUUCAACCAAACCUCUUGAUGUGGCCCUUGUUUUGAAUGGUGGAUGUCAAGGUUUAUCCAGGAAGUAUAUGCAUUGGCAGGAGGAGUUGAUUGUGGGUGGUACCGUCAAGAAUGCCACUGGAAAACUUGUCAGCGCUCACGCCCUGCAAACCAUGUUCCAGUUAAUGACUCCCAAGCAAAUGUAUGAACACUUCAGGGGCUACGACUAUGUCUCUCACAUCAACUGGAAUGAAGACAGGGCAGCCGCCAUCCUGGAGGCCUGGCAGAGGACUUACGUGGAGGUGGUUCAUCAAAGUGUCGCCCCAAACUCCACUCAAAAGGUGCUUCCCUUCACAACCACGACCCUGGACGACAUCCUAAAAUCCUUCUCUGAUGUCAGUGUCAUCCGAGUGGCCAGCGGCUACCUACUGAUGCUUGCCUAUGCCUGUUUAACCAUGCUGCGCUGGGACUGCUCCAAGUCCCAGGGUGCCGUGGGGCUGGCUGGCGUCCUGUUGGUUGCGCUGUCAGUGGCUGCAGGAUUGGGCCUCUGCUCCUUGAUUGGCAUUUCUUUUAAUGCUGCGACAACUCAGGUUUUGCCGUUUCUUGCUCUUGGUGUUGGUGUGGAUGAUGUCUUCCUCCUGGCCCAUGCAUUCAGUGAAACAGGACAGAAUAAGAGGAUUCCAUUUGAGGACAGGACUGGGGAGUGCCUCAAGCGCACCGGAGCCAGCGUGGCCCUCACCUCCAUCAGCAAUGUCACCGCCUUCUUCAUGGCCGCAUUGAUCCCUAUCCCUGCCCUGCGAGCGUUCUCCCUCCAGGCUGCUGUGGUGGUGGUAUUCAAUUUUGCUAUGGUUCUGCUCAUUUUUCCUGCAAUUCUCAGCAUGGAUUUAUACAGACGUGAGGACAGAAGAUUGGAUAUUUUCUGCUGUUUCACAAGCCCCUGUGUCAGCAGGGUGAUUCAAGUUGAGCCACAGGCCUACACAGAGCCUCACAGUAACACCCGGUACAGCCCCCCACCCCCAUACACCAGCCACAGCUUCGCCCACGAAACCCAUAUCACUAUGCAGUCCACCGUUCAGCUCCGCACAGAGUAUGACCCUCACACGCACGUGUACUACACCACCGCCGAGCCACGCUCUGAGAUCUCUGUACAGCCUGUUACCGUCACCCAGGACAACCUCAGCUGUCAGAGUCCCGAGAGCACCAGCUCUACCAGGGACCUGCUCUCCCAGUUCUCAGACUCCAGCCUCCACUGCCUCGAGCCCCCCUGCACCAAGUGGACACUCUCUUCGUUUGCAGAGAAGCACUAUGCUCCUUUCCUCCUGAAACCCAAAGCCAAGGUUGUGGUAAUCCUUCUUUUCCUGGGCUUGCUGGGGGUCAGCCUUUAUGGGACCACCCGAGUGAGAGACGGGCUGGACCUCACGGACAUUGUUCCCCGGGAAACCAGAGAAUAUGACUUCAUAGCUGCCCAGUUCAAGUACUUCUCUUUCUACAACAUGUAUAUAGUCACCCAGAAAGCAGACUACCCGAAUAUCCAGCACCUACUUUACGACCUUCAUAAGAGUUUCAGCAAUGUGAAGUAUGUCAUGCUGGAGGAGAACAAGCAACUUCCCCAAAUGUGGCUGCACUACUUUAGAGACUGGCUUCAAGGACUUCAGGAUGCAUUUGACAGUGACUGGGAAACUGGGAGGAUCAUGCCAAACAAUUAUAAAAAUGGAUCAGAUGACGGGGUCCUCGCUUACAAACUCCUGGUGCAGACUGGCAGCCGAGACAAGCCCAUCGACAUUAGUCAGUUGACUAAACAGCGUCUGGUAGACGCAGAUGGCAUCAUUAAUCCGAGCGCUUUCUACAUCUACCUGACCGCUUGGGUCAGCAACGACCCUGUAGCUUACGCUGCCUCCCAGGCCAACAUCCGGCCUCACCGGCCGGAGUGGGUCCAUGACAAAGCCGACUACAUGCCAGAGACCAGGCUGAGAAUCCCAGCAGCAGAGCCCAUCGAGUACGCUCAGUUCCCUUUCUACCUCAACGGCCUACGAGACACCUCAGACUUUGUGGAAGCCAUAGAAAAAGUGAGAGUCAUCUGUAACAACUAUACGAGCCUGGGACUGUCCAGCUACCCCAAUGGCUACCCCUUCCUGUUCUGGGAGCAAUACAUCAGCCUGCGCCACUGGCUGCUGCUAUCCAUCAGCGUGGUGCUGGCCUGCACGUUUCUAGUGUGCGCAGUCUUCCUCCUGAACCCCUGGACGGCCGGGAUCAUUGUCAUGGUCCUGGCUCUGAUGACCGUUGAGCUCUUUGGCAUGAUGGGCCUCAUUGGGAUCAAGCUGAGUGCUGUGCCUGUGGUCAUCCUGAUUGCAUCUGUUGGCAUCGGAGUGGAGUUCACCGUCCACGUGGCUUUGGCCUUUCUGACAGCCAUUGGGGACAAGAACCACAGGGCUAUGCUCGCUCUGGAGCACAUGUUUGCUCCCGUUCUGGACGGUGCUGUGUCCACUCUGCUGGGUGUACUGAUGCUUGCAGGGUCCGAAUUUGAUUUCAUUGUCAGAUACUUCUUUGCCGUCCUGGCCAUUCUCACCGUCUUGGGGGUUCUCAAUGGACUGGUUCUGCUGCCUGUCCUCUUAUCCUUCUUUGGACCGUGUCCUGAGGUGUCUCCAGCCAAUGGCCUAAACCGACUGCCCACUCCUUCGCCUGAGCCGCCUCCAAGUGUCGUCCGGUUUGCCGUGCCUCCUGGUCACACGAACAAUGGGUCUGAUUCCUCCGACUCGGAGUACAGCUCUCAGACCACGGUGUCUGGCAUCAGUGAGGAGCUCAGGCAAUACGAAGCACAGCAGGGUGCCGGAGGCCCUGCCCACCAAGUGAUUGUGGAAGCCACAGAAAACCCUGUCUUUGCCCGGUCCACUGUGGUCCAUCCGGACUCCAGACAUCAGCCUCCCUUGACCCCUCGGCAACAGCCCCACCUGGACUCUGGCUCCUUGUCCCCUGGACGGCAAGGCCAGCAGCCUCGAAGGGAUCCCCCUAGAGAAGGCUUGCGGCCACCCCCCUACAGACCGCGCAGAGACGCUUUUGAAAUUUCUACUGAAGGGCAUUCUGGCCCUAGCAAUAGGGACCGCUCAGGGCCCCGUGGGGCCCGUUCUCACAACCCUCGGAACCCAACGUCCACCGCCAUGGGCAGCUCUGUGCCCAGCUACUGCCAGCCCAUCACCACUGUGACGGCUUCUGCUUCGGUGACUGUUGCUGUGCAUCCCCCGCCUGGACCUGGGCGCAACCCCCGAGGGGGGCCCUGUCCAGGCUAUGAGAGCUACCCUGAGACUGAUCACGGGGUAUUUGAGGAUCCUCAUGUGCCUUUUCAUGUCAGGUGUGAGAGGAGGGACUCAAAGGUGGAGGUCAUAGAGCUACAGGACGUGGAAUGUGAGGAGAGGCCGUGGGGGAGCAGCUCCAACUGAGGGUAAUUAAAAUCUGAAGCAAAGAGGCCAAAGAUUGGAAAGCCCCGCCCCCACCUCUUUCCAGAACUGCUUGAAGAGAACUGCUUGGAAUUAUGGGAAGGCAGUUCAUUGUUACUGUAACUGAUUGUAUUAUUUUGUGAAAUAUUUCUAUAAAUAUUUAAAAGGUGUACACAUGUAAUAUACAUGGAAAUGCUGUACAGUCUAUUUCCUGGGGCCUCUCCACUCCUGCCCCAGAGUGGGGAGACCACAGGGGCCCUUUCCCCUGUGUACAUUGGUCUCUGUGCCACAACCAAGCUUAACUUAGUUUUAAAAAAAAUCUCCCAGCAUAUGUCGCUGCUGCUUAAAUAUUGUAUAAUUUACUUGUAUAAUUCUAUGCAAAUAUUGCUUAUGUAAUAGGAUUAUUUGUAAAGGUUUCUGUUUAAAAUAUUUUAAAUUUGCAUAUCACAACCCUGUGGUAGGAUGAAUUGUUACUGUUAACUUUUGAACACGCUAUGCGUGGUAAUUGUUUAACGAGCAGACAUGAAGAAAACAGGUUAAUCCCAGUGGCUUCUCUAGGGGUAGUUGUAUAUGGUUCGCAUGGGUGGAUGUGUGUGUGCAUGUGACUUUCCAAUGUACUGUAUUGUGGUUUGUUGUUGUUGUUGCUGUUGUUGUUCAUUUUUGUGUUUUUUGUUGCUUUGUAUGAUCUUAGCUCUGGCCUAGGUGGGCUGGGAAGGUCCAGGUCUUUUUCUGUCGUGAUGCUGGUGGAAAGGUGACCCCAAUCAUCUGUCCUAUUCUCUGGGACUAUUCAAGAGAAGCCAGAUUUGCUUCAUGCCUGUGUGUGGCAGCUUCUGAGGUCAUGGGUAGCCCUCCAAGCACCUCUGCUUGGGUUUCAAAGAGAAGAUGUUCUCACAAACAUUGUGCUGCCUAUUAGGGCCUCUAUAUAGUCAGCAGUCAGCACUAGUGGUGAAAGAUUGGACAAUGUUGCCUGAUGGUGAGACUCAGCCGGGUCAUGAGAUUACCCUCUAGGGGUGUGUGGUUGUUCCUUUCUGAUGAUCACACAUACACACAGCCUCCCACCCCCAUACUCCAGAUACAGGCCCAAAAAAACCUAUUUCACUGAAGGUCUAUAUUCGAGCCUUUACAAAUGAUAGUCCCUCCCUUGCUAUGACUGCCUGGUUGGAGCAGGCUAGGCUAAUCGUGGUUCAGUCAACUGUGUGGGGAGAGUUUCUAAGGACUCUUUUCCACACGGUCUUUUCCUGUGUAUACUUUCUUCUCUUCCCCACUGUUAGCAUCCAUCCAGUGUGAUGUCUGUGAAAGCAGGAAGAUGCCACCUCGUAAAAGCAUAUAGGGUAAGCUCUUUGAACCAGGUGUUGGGCUUUAGAGUUUGAUUGUGUUCUCCUUCCCCAAGGUUUGGGUUUCUUUGUCUCUGGUCAGCAACUAGUAGAUAGGGAAGGAAAUGCCCUUAUUCCUUGCAAGUGAACAUUGAGGACUUGUCUCAGAGGAAGGAAGCCUAGUGCUCAUGGAAGCUGUUGUGAGGAAUGUACUCUGUCUGCAUGCAGCUUCCCUGAAUCCCUCCUAUCCUUCAUGGAAAAAUUUAAGGAGAUGGGUCCCUAGUAGUACCAAUAAUCUAGUGCCCUCAGAUCCUAAAAUUUAUCCCCCAAAUUGUAAGGUACUAAUUGGAAGCCACCUGUGACUACCGUGUGUGUGUGUGUCUGUGUCUGUCUGUAUAUCCGUGUGCGCGUGCGCGCCAGAAGCCCUGGCCAUCCACUGCUACUGUCUUAAUGCCUGUCAAGCCACUGUCUGCCUACCCAACACCAGCUCUGCUCGGAUAUCUUGCACCCUGAGUUGAGGAGGGAGAUGUAGAGUGCGGAAGCCACCUUGGCUGUGGUUCUUGAUUGUGUCCCUCAUGCCUGAGCCUUGUGCAUGUGGCAGAAGGAAGUUUGUACAGCCUCUCGGCUUCUGUGCAUCAUCAUGAGUCCCAUCAGCCAAGGCAGGAAGGACACAGAGCUGGCAGGAGACUAAAGUCAGAGAGUGUGUGUCUCUGUCUGUCUCUCUCAUAGUUUUAUUUUGUCUGUAUUGUUUGUUCAUUUGGAUGUUUUAAUUUGUAAAAGAAAAGAUCUUUGCUGAUAUUUAUAAUUUUGUAUCAUAAGAAUGUCCUCCAGAAUUUGUCAUGCCAGUUUAUAACAAGAAGAAAAAAUUGCAGGGAUUUUAUUUCUAUUGGAAACACUUAUUGCAGUUAUGUUUUACUUUUGAACAGAAGUUUUAUUUGUAUAGAGUGCUUACUAAUGUUAAAUAGUUCAGAGUAUAUAACAUUUACAUUAAGGACUCAUGGUAGGUUUUAGUGUAAGGAGUUUAAAGGAAAUAAAUAUUCAAACUGGGUCUCGUCUGCCAAUUUGGGUGGAAAUGAGUUUGUGUCACUUCAAUUACAAAGAUGAAAGUAUGCCAUAUAAUUUAUUUAUAUGAAAAUUUAUUUUUGUAGUGUACAUAGUAGUCAUCAAGUCUUUCGACAGAAGUAUAUUUUUAAAGAAUUUAUAUGUGAUGAAAUCCAUAAUGUCUGGAACUUUGCUGAGACAUGGGUGUGAGGACACGUUUCGUUAUAAAUGACAGCAAGGGAGAGAAGAGAGUAUGUUUUAACAGUGUUAGGAGAGUACACGUGAGCAGUGAUCCAUGUGAUUGGAAAGUAUCGGUGUGAACAUGGUGACCUAGUGCGGUUCUCAGAUGAAAAUGUACAAAACUCUCUAAAUAUUAAUGUUCAAACACUGAUAGAAAUUCUAACAUGAAUAAAGAUAAUAUAACUUGUUGGUUUA